GGCCACUGGGCCACCGAGCAGCCCUGCUUUACUCCUCUGCAGAUUGCGGUGAAAAUACUGACUUAUGGGUUUGUCGGGAGGACAAAGUAAAAGGCAGGGUAGGAAAAUGCUUUGUCAAUUGGAAAAUGCUGCACAAAUGUGAGCUGAUGCAUUACUACUAAGGCUGAUGCUGUCAUUCUUUAUUUUACUGUAAAUGCCUUAAGGAUGAGAGACUUAUUUUAUUCAUUAUUUUAUCCUUGCCCUUAGCACAGAGUUUGCCAUGUGGUACAUGCUUAGAAUGUACACUGAAUAGACAAAUGAUAGAGCAGUAGGUUGUCGUUGGAAGGGAAUGGACAGUGAGUCCCAGCUCUGUCCGGGAUACUCUUGUCACCUUGGGAAAAUCCUUUCUCUUUUCUGGGUCUCAGUUUCCCCAACUGGCCAUGGAAGGUUUAGGUAAGGGAUUUACAGUCUAUAGCAUUCAUGACAAAAUGUGCCUCCAAGACGGACUUUCCUGUGGUUGGUGCUGGGGUUGGAGGUGGCUAUGACAAGAGGCUGGGAUCGUGUUUGUCGUUUUGUGGGGAGCAGAGACUCCACUUCUCACCCCAGGCCGGUGAGCAAGGCCUUGCUGAAGAGGAAGGCACUCUCCUUUUUGGUAGCACCCCUCCUGGGAACUCUCCCUGAUAUGUCCUAGGGGGGAGGUGUCUGGGUUGGGAAUGCUGGUUCCUAAAUGGCAAAUGACUGGGCCCUGUCACCUCUCAAACCAGCCACACUCAGGUUCCUUGGCAGAAUGGUGAGAGCAAGGAGAAGCCUCUGGCGUAUCUUUGUGGCUGCACGUGUGUCUGUGGUUGUGUGGGGUGGACGGGAGUUGGCUCUGGCUGUGUCCACAUGUGCCUGCAGGUGGGCCCAGGCCAGCCCAACAGCUCCUGGAAGCAGGAACACCAACAAAACCAGCUGAGAGGUUGAUACGCCUCUGCGCGUCUUCAGCCAGGGGAACCAGUGCCAGACCACGUGUGUAUGUGUUUGAGCAUGUGUGUGUUGGGGGGAGAGAGAAUAUGAGUGGGGAGAAUCACUACUCAGCCGCCCCUCCCUGUCCCCUUAGUUCUGCAGGAGGGGGACCCUCAGGGCCUGGGUUCUGAGUCCAGCCCAGCUCACUGAUGGGAGAAGCAUGUCACGAAUUUAUACAUUAUGCAUAGCCCUUCACAGUUUGUAGAGCCCAUUUCGGUUUACCAAGUGCUUUACUGUUUACCAAACUCUUUGUCACCCCCAAUAAUCUCACUUCCUUUUUACAACAAUGCUUCGAGGUAAGCCGGACACUGCAUUUUGCAGAUAAAAAUCCCAAGGCUCAGAGCUGGGGAGAGACUCACUCUAGGCGGUGGGCGGCUCGCCGAGGCCAGAGCCUGGGUCCGGAUUCCAAUUCCUGCGCUUUUCUCUCCUGCCACCCCUGGUUGCUUCUUCCAAAAGAGGAGAUGUGGCUGGCUUGGUGCAUGGCCAGUUUGUUUGCUUCCUUAUUCAAUUAUUCAACAAAUACGUUCUGAGGACAGCGGGGAAGGGAGUUCACAGUUACUGAGUAAAUUGCUUCAUUCUGCUCUUAUGACUACCCUGUAAGGACGGUUUUACCGUUUUGCAGAGGAGGAAACGGAGGUUGGGACAGCCAAAGACCACACGGCAAGGAAAGAGCAGAGCCAGGUGCAGACUCAAGUCUGUGUGGCUCCAGGGCCUGUGCCUAGACCUACUCUCUUCCCUGGCCAGGUCCUGGACUGGCCUCGGGGACACCAGCUGGACACCGGAGCUGCCGGGCUGGGAAGUCAGGGCGAUUCCUGGUAGAACAGAGGGGUGUGCCCAGUGCUGGGGAAGCCCAGAGGAGGAGGCACCUCCUCACUCUCCCUGCCCUGCCCUGCCCUGGCCAACUUCCAGGAAGCAAGGUGAGGGGAAGGGUGACUCACAGAUAUGACUUGGCAGGCAGGAGCAGAGACCCAGGCCAAGUUAGGGGGCCUGCAACUUUAUAGGGAUUUCCUAGGCCAGUGGGGCAGGGACUGAAUCUCAUCAAUGUGGUACACAUACCUGGGGUCAGGGUAGAGUCCCCAGUGAGAAGGAACACUGGGUAACUCUGACUGGGACCCAGACCACGCCAUCUCUGGGGCCCUAAGCCCAUCACUGUCCUUCUCCUGCACAAGGAACUCCAUUCAUCAAGCAAUAAAAGUGCCCAGCACGGUGCUGGACUCCUUUGUCUCAGGAGGUGCGGCAAGUGACACAGAAUUCCCCAGAGCUCAGGAUACUUGCUCCCCUAAUGUGCCCCUCAAAUCCUUCUGAAUCCUGCAGAAAUGAGCAUGAAACCACUCUGUGAGGUAUGGCCAGCACGGCCAGGCCAGGACACGAAUGUCAAGCAACAGAGGAGGUCAGAACAGGAGGCACAGCCAGGACCUUGUGACCUGCUGACCCUUCCAGCCUAGAAUGAUGGAGCCCAAUGAUUCCUUUCGAGUGGAUUCUGAAUUCCGAUACACCCUCUUCCCGAUUGUUUACAGCAUCAUCUUUGUUCUUGGGGUCGUCUCCAAUGGCUACGUGCUGUGGAUCUUUGCCCGCCUGUACCCUUCCAAGAAACUCAAUGAGAUAAAGAUCUUCAUGGUGAACCUCACCAUGGCCGACCUGCUCUUCUUGGUCUCCCUGCCGCUGUGGAUCGUCUACUACUACAACCAGGGCAACUGGAUUCUCCCCAAAUUCCUGUGCAACCUGGCUGGCUGCCUCUUCUUCAUCAACACCUACUGCUCUGUGGCCUUCCUGGGCGUCAUCACUUACAACCGCUUCCAGGCAGUAACUCGGCCCAUCAAGACUGCUCAGGCCACCACCCGAAAGCGCGGCAUCUGUCUGUCCCUGGUCAUCUGGGUGGCCAUCGUGGCCGCCGCAUCCUACUUCCUCAUCCUGGACUCCACUAACGUAGUGGCCGUCAAGGCUGGCUCCGCCAACGUCACCCGCUGCUUUGAGCAUUACGAGCAGCGCAGCGUGCCGGUGCUCGUCAUCCAUAUCUUCAUCGUGUUCAGCUUCUUCCUGGUCUUCCUCAUCAUCCUCUUCUGCAACCUGGUCAUCAUCCGCACGCUGCUCACGCAGCCGGUGCAGCAGCCGCGCAACGCGGAGGUGAAGCGCCGGGCGCUGUGGAUGGUCUGCGCGGUCCUGGCGGUGUUCAGCAUCUGCUUUGUGCCCCACCACAUGGUGCAGCUGCCCUGGACGCUGGCCGAGCUGGGCUACCAGAACAGCGACUUCCACCAGGCCAUUAACGACGCGCAUCAGGUCACCCUCUGCCUCCUCAGCACCAACUGUGUGCUGGACCCUGUCAUCUACUGUUUCCUCACCAAGAAGUUCCGCAAGCACCUCACGGAGAAGCUCUACAGCAUGCGCAGCAGCCGGAAAUGCUCCCGGGCCACCACGGAGACAGGCACCGAGGUGGUUGUACCCCUCAGCCAGGUCCCCGCCAAUUCCCUCAAGAAUUAGUCCCUGCUUGUUGGGUCCAGACCUUUUCUUCCAUGAACAUCACGGACUGAGCUGGGGGAAGAAGGGCUACUGCUGUGGUCUGGGCACCUCCUCCCAAGCCACUGGUGGCCCCGUAGGUAUAGGGGCUACCUCCCCCUGGCAGGGAUGAUGGCAGAGUGACUGCUGAAAAAUCCAGAACUUGAAUGAGCCCCUUCUUCCAUCUUUGGGCACACCCUUGUCUGCGACCUUAUCCUGAGUCUUCCAGAGCUGGGAGGAAUGUCAGGGCCAGGUGCAGACCUCAGGGACAGACUUUGAGCCACCUAGUUCACCCCACUGGGGUAGCAGCCUAGAGCUUUGAGCAACUACUCCCAUGCGAUACUGGCAGAGAAGAAUUUUGGGAAAGGAACAGUCCCCAUGCCUGCAAGCUGUGUGGCACUAUCUUUGGGGGCAGACUUUUGAGCUAGGACAGUAUCAUCCUCUAUCUGCCCUCAGACAUAAAGUCUGUGUGACAUUUCCCUGGCGAAGUGGCUCAGUGGAGUCUUCUCUUGACUCACCCAGCAACCUUUCCUGAAUGGUGACUAGAGAUGACAAAACAUGAACAGACCAAAAGCUAGGACAGGAGUUUGCUUCUCGAGGCAGAUGUGUUUCUCUGCGCAGGCCUUGCCGUGCGCCUGGGUCAGCUCUGGGGGAGUGGGAGAGCCAUGCCCACCUCAUCUAUCUUUCUGUUUCCACGACAGACCCUGACUAAGUACCUCCUGUGGGGCAGCCACCCACUGUGGCUCAACGACCCCGCAAAGCAAAAUUGGGGCCCUCUAGGCCAGGGCACCUCAGUGUCCAGAGGCUUCCACGCGAACAGGCACUUGGGCUGGAAAGUGCCUGAGGCCUCUGGGGGGAAGGAGCCUGUCAGUUCUCCUCCCCCCACUCCUCCUAACCUGGCUUCCAGGAGUCACAGUCCCAAGGGCCAGCAGGUGUCCGCUUCUGUUGAGGAUCGUGAGUUUUGGCAGAUGUCUCCAAGUGGGCCUCCUCUCCUGCCCCGAGACAGGGAUGUGAGCCUGCAAUGUGAACCUCUCAGCCUCCAGACUCAGGGACUCAGAGGAGGCUUCUGGUUUCCAGAGCUCUGUGCUCCUUCUGAGGAAUCUUCCCUCCUUCCAGACAGAGUCCCCAUGAAGUUAGGACGCUUCCUUCCUGUGUCCUGGGCAAGCGCUCGAUUGCUGACUUUGAUGAAUGUCCCCCACUGGGCCAGUAACCUGCUUGGGUCUGGGAUGGCGGCUCAGGGCUGGACUUGGCUGAUGGUGACCAGCUGGCCAGUGCAGCAUGCUUGAGCUUUGGGGUCGCACAGACCCAGGUUCAAGCCUUGGCUUUAUCAUUUCUUGCCGAUGGAGCUGAGUUUCCUACCUCUUAGGAGUGUUACCCAUGAGGUAAAACCUACCUCACAGGACGCUGUGAGAUUCCCUUGUCAGGAUACAGUCUCUCAUUCUGCUUACGCUGACUUGAGUGGGUGUCUAUCGCUUACAACUCAAAGAGCUCUGAAUGGGGUAAACGCGGUAUGCUGAUGGACAGUGUUUUCUGAAUUUCUGUCAUUUCUGUACCCUCCUCGCAACCUUUGUGAUAUCUCUGUACCACCUAUGUGUCUACUUAAUAAAUAUUUUACAUUUAUUUAAAAGAAAACUCAUAAUUGUAAAUAAAAACUAAUGCCCCCUGCCACAAAUGGAAGGUAAACAUAAACAGAAAAACGUAACUACUAAAAGUGUUUCUCUGUGUUCUGUCUAGAGUCACUCCAUAUGCCCCAGUGACUCACACAGCUUGCUUCAGGAAGCCCCGCUGUGACGUGCAUAAAGUGCUCAGUAGAGAGUAGCUCUGACAGUUGGAGACGACUCAUGAUUACCUCCCUGCUUCUCCCAGGAUGUUGCCCAGCACGCAGGCCGGGCUCUCACCCCUUCCAGGUGGGUGGGAGGAGGAGAUGAGGCUGUAGCCCAUGCUCCAGCCCUGCUCUCUUCGUCACCCACAAUGCAGCCACCGUUCCUCCUCCUGUAACCUCGGCCUGCUUGUGUCCUCAGACAUCUUCUCUUCUUGUGUGUGUUUUUAUUUAUUUUUUUUUAUUUUUCUGACACAGUCUCAAUAGGGA